GCCCUUUUGCCAUCCGUAAGUUCAGUUGAUACUGCGAGAAAAUACCCCCUGACAGCGCAACAGCUCGAAUCAUACUACGAGCUAGACUUCGUGGUCAUCUCACUGGUGUUCCUGUCACCGUUCGCCGGGUACGUUGUCUCGGCGAUGUCCAACAACGUCCUCCACCAAAAGAUAGGGCAACGCGGCAUCGCGAUGGUUUCUGCGGCCUGCCAUAUAGCAGCCUACCUUAUCAUGGCGACCCAUCCCCCGUACGUGGUGUUGGUACUCGCAUUCAUCAUCGCUGGCUUUGGAAAUGGCGUUGGGGACUCGGCGUGGAACGCGUGGAUUAGAAGCCUGGCCAACGCGAACGAGCUGCUGGGCUGUAUGCAUGCCUGCUACGGAGUUGGUGGCACGCUUAGUCCUCUCGUGGCGACCCUGAUCGUCGAGAAGUAUCACUUGGGUUGGUAUACGUUCUACUAUUUCAUGAUCGGAGCCGCGGCCAUUGAGCUGGUCUCUCUGACAUGGUCGUUCUGGAGCGCAACCGGCAAGGCCUACCGGCUGAAGCACCGUAUCGCCGAGACUGGUCAGAAGGCCGGGCUGAUGGAAGCUCUCUGGCAUUCAUCGGGCGCUCGAGUCUCGUGGAUCUAUACGAUCUUCUUGCUGGCAUACAUCGGAGUAGAAGUCUCGCUAGGAGGGUGGAUUGUCACCUUUAUAAUUCAGGUCCGGAAUGGAGGUGAAUUUGCCCGUGGUAUAACCGCUACGGGUUUCUGGUUAGGCAUUACUCUUGGACGAAUCAUCCUCGGCUUUAUUACUCUACGGGUAGGAGUUAACCUGGCUAUAGCGGUCUAUCUCGCCCUUACUAUCGGCCUCGAGUUCCUCUUUUGGUUCGUCCCGCAGUUCUAUGUUUCGGCCGUUGCCGUCGCGCUACAAGGGUUCUUCCUCGGACCCCUCUUCCCCGGCGUCGUCAUCGUAGCAAGCAAGCUCUUGCCGAAGCACCUACACGUCACAGUUAUCGGCUUUGCAUACUGCCUUUGGCGGCCGAUCAUCCUAGCCUUGCUGGUCGUGAUGCUCGGGCUGUGGCUGUUCUUGCCGAAGGUCGAUAACAAGAGAGACUGA